CCGGUGUGGAAAACGCCGCUUACGGUGGCUGUCACGUGUGCUUACAAAGACUUGCAGCAAUAACCUGGCUUACCUACCCGUCGUGGAGAAAAGUAACUAACCAGAGAAGAGUCCCAUUUUCUCUUCUCUUUUCUUCCGAAUCGAAUCAAAUCGACGCAACGACAUGGCACUCUGGCGCGUUCGUCACCCUCUCUUCUCUCGUUCCUUUCGCCUCCUUUCUUCUCCCGCCAGAUCCAUCUCUCGAACUUCUACUUCAACGAUUUUUACCUUGGGAGGUGACAGCAAUAUAAGGCCUGCAUCGUGGUCCAGGCUUACUGGAGUUCGUGAUAGAUCUUUGAAGUCAAAGUGGACUGAUGUUAAAUACUUUUCAUCUUCAGAUUUUACACACGAAGUCCUUGGGAUGCCAGCUUUAUCUCCAACAAUGACACAAGGUAAUAUUGCAAAAUGGAGGAAGAAAGAAGGAGAAAAGAUAGAAGUGGGGGAUAUACUAUGUGAAAUUGAAACUGACAAAGCUACACUAGAAUUUGAAAGUCUUGAAGAGGGAUUUCUGGCUAAGAUAUUGGUACCUGAAGGUUCAAAGGACGUGCCUGUUGGAAAACCAAUUGCAAUAACAGUUGAGGAUGAAAAGGACAUCCAAAAUGUUCCUGCUUCCGUGGGGGGUGAGACCGGGGUUGAAGAGAAGAAACCAACACAUCAGGAUGUUAAAGAUGAGAGCAAACCAGAAUCAACUUCUACUAUGAUUAAUGCAUCAGAACUUCCACCUCAUAUCCUUCUUGAAAUGCCAGCUUUGUCACCUACAAUGAACCAAGGAAACAUUGCUAAAUGGAGGAAGCAGGAAGGAGACAAGAUUGAAGUGGGUGACAUAUUAUGUGAGAUAGAGACAGACAAAGCUACACUUGAAUUUGAAACUCUUGAAGAGGGGUACCUGGCCAAGAUACUUGCUCCAGAAGGUUCAAAAGAUGUGGCAGUGGGAUACCCUAUUGCAAUAACAGUUGAAGAUGCAAGUGAUAUUGAAGCUAUAAAGAAUUCUGUUAGCAGCAGCUCAACAAACCAACAGAAGGCCACCCAACGCGAUACUAAAAGCGAGGUCAAAGCUCUGAAAAACAAUAUAGCACGAAUCAGUCCAGCGGCAAAGUUGCUAAUUACAGAGUAUGGAUUGGAUACAUCGACAUUGAAUGCAACUGGUCCUCAUGGCACCCUACUAAAAGGGGAUGUUCUUUCUGCAAUUAAGUCAGGAAAAUUGUCUCCAAAACCUGCUUCAUCUAAAGAAAAGGUGUCAUCAUCUCAAAGUCGUCAACCAAUUGCAGCUUCCCAAGAGUCAAAGUCUGACUUAAAGCAGUCAGACGCUUAUGAAGAUUUUCCUAAUAGUCAAAUUCGCAAGGUGAUCGCCAAGAGGUUAUUGGAAUCAAAACAAAAUACACCACACUUGUAUUUAUCAUCAGAUGUCAUACUAGAUCCUCUUCUUUCCCUUCGAAAGGAUCUUAAAGAGCAGUAUGAUGUUAAAGUUUCUGUGAAUGACAUUAUUAUCAAAGUUGUAGCUGCUGCUCUCAGAAAUGUACCUGAAGCAAACGCAUACUGGAAUGUUGAGAAGGGUGAGGUCAUUUUAUGUGAUUCUGUUGACAUAUGUGUAGCAGUUGCCACUGAGAAGGGCUUGAUGACUCCAAUAAUAAAAAAUGCCGAUCAGAAGACAAUAUCUGCUAUCUCCUCAGAGGUUAAGGAACUAGCUGCAAAGGCGCGUGCUGGCAAGUUGAUGCCGCAUGAAUUCCAAGGGGGGACUUUUAGCAUUUCAAACUUGGGAAUGUUUCCUGUGGAUAAAUUUUGUGCUAUUAUAAACCCCCCUCAGGCUUGCAUUCUUGCUGUAGGGAGAGGCAACAAAGUUGUGGAACCAGUUAUUGGAGCUGAUGGAAUUGAGAAACCAUCAAUUGCCAAUAAGUUGAACUUAACAUUGUCUGCUGAUCAUCGUGUAUUUGAUGGCAAAGUUGGAGGUGCAUUUCUCUCUGCUUUGCAAUCAAACUUCAGUGAUAUAAGACGGCUUCUUUUAUUAUGAUGUACAACAAUUUUUCCUGUCAUUUGAUUGGGCUUCUCACGACCAAUCAUGUGGAUCCCCCACAACCUGGAUCAAACUUGCAUAGCAUACCCAUUUUUGUCCUUUAGAUUUUUAUCUCUUAAUCUGAAACAGUUUCCGAUUGUUGUGCCUCAUCAGUUUUGUAUAAUAAUAUCUUGGGUCUAAUUACUAAUUAUCCUGAGAAAAUACCCAACAAGGUACCAUCCUUCUAAAAUUAGGUUUCCAACAAUUGAGAUUCAAGCAUGUUGGAAAUUUUGUUCAUUAGGCACUUUGCUGCCCUUUGUUGUUUAAUUUUGUAUGAAGAGCUUUGUAUAGACAGCCAUUAAAAUACCGACAUCUGGAUGAAUAAAAAUUAUUUUCACGUGCUGCAUGUCUGUCAUCCGACUUAAGUGAUGGCAUGAUUUGUCACAAUGGUACUCUUGGUUCAAUGUU